UGCAGUCUAGCCCGGCCCCGACGGCAGAGCGGGACUGAAACGGCUCCGCAACUUGCAAAAAAGCCAGUACGCCAAAUAUCCUCCAGUAGCGCCGCGGAACCCGCCGCGCGCCGCCCGAGACGCCCGCGGCCGCCGCCCAAACACCGUCGGAGCCCGCCGUUGCAAGCGCGGCACGAUCUAACCACCAGAACGCGAUUCAGACCGCGACCUCAAGAACGCGACCAAGUCAACGAAAAAUGGCCCAGACGCCCCCCCAGCCGUUGCGAGAACGACGCUGCGCCUCCUUCGGCGAGCCGGCGCAAGCCAGAAGCCCGCUCCCGCGGCGGGCGUCGAGACCACGCGCCGAGUCCGACUGCACUUGGAAUCCCAAAAAACGCGCGCUCAUCGUCGUCCAGACGUCCUGGCUCCAGGAUCACGAACAAACAUGUUUACCGCGACUCCGGGAAAUCGGUACCGAGGCCUCACAAGGACGAACUAGAUUGCGCGUGGUUGUCGACAGAAAAAGACGGACUACCGUGUCCAUAGACGUCACGGCCUUGCUCGGAUUCUUCGUAUUAUCCUCCUGUCUGAUCACUACAACGGCCCUACGCUUCACACCAUCCACAACGCCGCGAGGCCCUUCCUUAGGAGCCUCAGCAGUAGUAGGGGCGCCUUCCGCGCCCUUCUAUCCGAGCGCGCAACCGGAACCUACCUAUCCUGCUCCAUUAAGAGCAACAUUAACGCUAGACCGAGCCACGAAAUAUUUAGACGACAAAGCGCGAAACGAGGUCGCGGCUUGUGUGGAUUUCGCCGCGAGGGCUCACCGAGGGCAGCGCCGGGCCGACGGCUCCCCCUUCGUGACGCACCCGAUAGCCGUCGCGACGAUCCUGGCGGACAUGGAGAUGGACGCCGCUACCGUGUGUGCUGGAGUACUCCAUGACACGGUCGAGGACACCGACACGUCUGUGGAGGACAUCUUCCGCGCAUUUGGGGGGGAUGUUGCCGCACUCGUGAACGGCGUCACCGAUAGCCCAACGGCGUCCGACGCCGUGAAGCGCGCCGCGGUCCUCGAGGCCGCCGGCCACGAGUGGCGAGUUGGGGUUCUCAAACUGGCCGACCGGUUGCACAACAUGCGAACCUUGGGCGCGAUGCCCCGUCCGAAGCGGCUGAAGAAGGCGACGGAGACGCUCGAAGUGUACGCUCCCUUGGCGGAGAAGCUUGGGUUCGAUCGGAUUGCGGAUGAAUUGGUGAGGUUGGGUGCAUCUGAAGUCGCCCCUGCCGGCUUAGGUGGCUUGGCUCGUCGCGUGUCUCCUAUCGCUGCGCUUGUGGCCGCUGCUAUUGCGCCGGCGGCUUUAGAUUCCAUGCUGAAAGCGUUGGAUUUAAAUGACUCGCUGGAAAGAAAACCAGCUUACUCGGACGGCGCCGUCGAGUGACCCUUCCCUUAAAAAAUGGCGAGUAAGAGUAUCGUUAAUU